ACGACUUCGAUCAGAAACCGACGUCUAUAAAGGGGUUAGAGGCUGAGGCCUUGUCGGAAAAAGAUCGAGAGGAGGCUAGAAAACUUGAAGACCUCAAAACCAUCUUCAACACUACCAAACUUCUAAACUUAGAAAAUAGGCCUUCUGAAUUGAAAACUUACAUAGAAAAAAUGGCCAGCAUGAGUAACUGAGAGCUGAGGAAACUGUGGAAAGAACAAGUGGCAUCCAAAGCUGUCGGGGUUGAGGGAUCGGUGGCCGAGAGAGUGGGGGAGUCUGGAGAUCCUAUUCUUCAAAAGAAGGCUGGCACAACCUCGCUUAAGCGUCGUCGAGAGACCGACAGGUCAAUCUCGGUCGUGAAUCUGGAAACUCUGGUUGCCACUGAGGAAAAUGUAGGAAAUGAAGAGAAUGAGGUUCAAUCAGCCGAAAAGGACCUUGAGCUUAUGUCUCGGUGAGGAUUGGGAUCCCACAGAAUGCGGCGCCGAAAGGGGGAAGAGUGCUUCAUUCUGGGACGAAGUUCAACCAUUCUGGCCAUAUUCGUGGGACUGACUUGUUGGAGGGCGACAAGGAAGACUUGGAGAAGAUGAGCGCCUUCUCCAUUGUGAAAGGCAUCGAGUCCCUGACCAAUCGACUCUCCGUCCUUUCAUUAUUUAACGAAGACAAAGUCCGGGGCCUGACACGAGAACUGAAGCUUCAGGGGAAAAAGAUGAGCAGCUUGGAGGAAAACUUAAGCAAGGGAAGAGCUGAUUUGAAGUGGGUGACCAACGAGAGAGACAAGCUCCUUGAGGGUCGCCGAGAAUUGGAGCAGGAGAAAAAGGCUUGGGAAGAAGAAAAGGCGGGAAUGGAGAAAGAACUUGAGGAGACUCGACUUGCUCGGGACAAGAAUGCCGACGCUGCCCGAGUUUUUGAAACUGAUGUAUCCACCCUUAAAACCCAAUUUGAGAAUUUGAAGGCCGAACUUCAUGCUGCUAAGGUAGAGGCUUUGGAGAAGUUCACAGUAGGUUUUGACGCGGCCACCACGCAAGUGAAGUUUCUUCAUGCCAACCUGGAUCUGGGAGGCAUCGGGUACUUCAAGGAGAUCAUUGAUGGAGAGUUGGUGGAUCCACCAGAGGACGAUUGGUUCCUCUAAUUUGCACUUGUUUCUAACGGUUCUGUUUGUUGUUAGUUGUCUUUAAGAACAAUUGUGAUA